AUGGCCGAAGAAGAAGAAUCGGGCAAUCCUUCGUCCUCCUACGGAGAAUCAUUCCUUCUUCCCGGGCCUAGCCAAGGCAAUGAUGGAUCACAGUUUGGUGUCCCGCCCUCCUUAGCAUACUUGCAAGGCUAUGAGCCUGACGAUAGUGCCAGUCUUGGUAUGUUUGCAGGUGGAGAACCAUCUCAGCCAGGUUAUGCUGUGGAUUCAGUCUUCCCGACCUCCCAGCCACUGGAUGAUACCCUUUCCUAUCAUCCUGAUGGUGUCAGAGGGUCCAGGCCAAUCCUUCCACGAAAGGAUUCUACGCGGUCCAGCGGCUGCUCGCGUACAAGCAACAAGUCGGGUCAGAACAACUCGACGGAUGCCAUGAUCAGUCGUGUGAUGAGCCGCUUUCAAUCUUACGACGAUUUGUCUAAGAAGAAGCAUAAGACGUGGGAAGAGAAGGAGGUUCGGAAGAUCCUUGGGACGUGUGUCGACGGUGACGAACUAUUGUCGUAG